UCAGCGCAACACGGCGGAAGGUGAAGAUAAAAUUCAAAACUCCCUCCGGUCUACCAACACCCGUACGAAAGCAUUCGCGAAACAGUCACAAAGAGCCAGCGAUCAAGUGGAAAAGGAAAAAAAAGUUAAUCCAUCGUUGAGACAUGAAGUUAACCGUAAGCGUAGCGUUGCCGGUACUGUGCGUGCUAUUGGGUUCCGGUGUGACGAUGGGUGGAUCUCUUCGCUGGUGGUUCCAUCGUUGGUGGCUACUUCAUCGACAAACGCACACCUCGGCCAGUCUCAUCUUCGAGGAUUGUGGUACUAAAUACGACGUUAUCGCCAUUCAUCUAUCCAGCUGUACUUCAUCACCGUGCACUAUGAAGCGUGGAACGAACGUUACCGUGAACGCUGAAUUCACCUCUAAUGGUGCCAGUACGGACAGUGUCCUCAAGCAUGAAGCGCACUUCGUACUGAACGGCGUGAAAACGAAGGCCACCAUCACGCCGACCACAUGUGACGGUGCGGUCUGCCCUCUGCAGGGUGCGCUCGGUUUACUGUUUUCAGCCGAUAUCUACGUCAACCCGGAGCUGCCACCGAUUAACGGAAAGCUGCGCUGGGAGUUGAGGAACAAGCUGGGCGAUACGCUGCUGUGUUAUCAGCUGCCGGUGUGCAUUGCCUAGUGCCUUCCGGUAGACGCCAUGUAAAGCGGUUUGUUAGGCGAUUUUACGAGUAGGCGAUGUUAUGUUAGGCGAUGUUUAGGAUUCCGAAUGCACCUUCUAGUGCUAUCAAUUGAGAUUAAACACGAGAUUUCAGUAGCUAAGUAAAUAAUUCUUUGUUUAUCCGACAACUAUUAAAAAGCCAUGAUAAUAGAUGGAGCAAAAAACCUUACCAGCAACGAUAUUCUUCGCUUCAUCGUUUACAUUCUAACACCGUUUGCAUAAAUCCAAAAA